AUGCUCUUCAAAAUUCCGCUGGCCACUCUUGGCUUUAUAGCCUCAAUCAUACAAAGGACAGCCGGUCAGUCGCUUGACAGCUUGCAAGUUGAGACACGUUCUUUGGAACAAAUCUACGCAGCAGCGAAGUCAGAGGGACAACCGCUGAAAGUCUACUUUGGCGGAAGCUGUGUGAUAGCUUCCACUGCCAGCGACAACGUCGUUGCUGCAUUCAACGCGCAGUUUCCGGACAUCAAGAUCGACCAGACGACCGGCUUUUCCAAGUACCUGGACGCUCAGAUUGACCGAGCUUACGCAGUAGGCAAGCCGUUCGUUGAUGUCGCAAUUCUGCAGACGGUUCAAGACUAUACACGCUGGAACUCGCAGGCCAGGCUGUUGAAAUACAAGCCUCCCACCUUUGGUGACAUCAGCAACGAGCUGAAGGAUCUAGAAGGCGCUUACAUCCCUGUCAGCAUUUACCAGUUCGGCCCGUUUUAUUAUGACUCUGCCAAGGUCCCAGUGGAUCGUAUCCCCAAAACGUAUCUUGACGUUUUGGACCCGUAUUGGAAAGGCAAAAUGGCACUCGUCUACCCCAACGACGAUGAUGGCGUCUUGCACCUGUUCUCACUCAUCAUCGGCCGGUACGGAUUCCAGUGGCUCGAGCGUUUGAAAGAGCAAGAUAUCCAGUGGGUCCGGGGUGCCAAUGCCGCCGCCACUGCGAUUGUAGACGGCAUCAAGAACGGAAAUUCUUCCCGCCUGUUGACGUUCACUGCCCUGAGCUUCUCGCCAGAGGCGCCAACCUUCCAGGUCCGUCAACCCGAAGCACCCGAGCAAUUCAUGUCGUGGGGCCAGUUGCUCGGCAUCUUCUCGAGCACCAAAGCACCGGAGAGCGCGAAGUUAUUCGCCUCCUGGAUGGUGAGCAAGGAAUGGCAAGGAAAGUCCGCCGCCACCAGACCAACAAUCCUCGAGUCCCUCAACGCGCAAUCUGGACAUGGAAUUACAGCAAACAACACCCAGAUUACAAAGUACAUUUCUUUCAUGCACGAUAGAGAGACCGUGGAGUGGUGGAGGUUUCAGGUUGAGUCAAUUCUUGGGCUUGCGAAAGGCGAGUAUCCUUUGUGA